AUGAAGGACGACUCAGACAGCAAAGACGACACUGAAGAACUUGAGCGCCAGCUCAAUAAGACCAACAGCGACUUCAAGGCAAUGCGCGAAAUGUUCAACCAGAACGCUGCAGCCCUUAGCGAACUCCAGGAACAAGCCUGCAAGAACCAGGAUCUGGAGAAAGAAGUCGCCACCCUCCAAGCUGCCGCCAACGUCAUAUCCGCCCCAGUCGAAGGACGAGAACGCCUUAAGCUUAACACGCCUUCCACUUUCGACAGGACCCUAGGACAACUCAAAGGACACCUGAUAGAGAUCGCCUAUAGGUUCACCCCUAGUGUGGACGACUCCAGCUCUGAAGAGGAACCUGAUGACCAGGAAGGAAGAAUCAAGCAACUUCUGAGAUACUAA